GCUGAGGGGGCGGCGGGGUGAGGAAGAAGAGGAGGAAGAAGGACACGAAGGAGACGAAGAAGAAGACGAAGAAGAAGAAGAAGAAGAAGAAAGCAUGGCGGCCGCGGCCUACGACAAGCUGAAGCUGCAUAUAACACCGGAGAAAUUUUAUGUGGAAGCUUGUGAUGAUGGAGCAAAUGAUGUACUGGCUAUUGAUCGAGUCUCCACAGAGGUCACCCUCACAGUAAAAAAGGAUGUUCCUCCUUCAGCUGUUACAAGACCAAUAUUUGGUGUCUUGGGCACAAUUCGACUGGUGGCAGGGAGCUACCUUAUUGUAAUAACCAAAAAGAAAAAAGUAGGUGAAUUCUUUAGUCAUGCAAUCUGGAAAGCAACGGAUUUUGAUAUCCUCUCCUAUAAGAAGACGAUGCUGCACUUAACUGAUAUUCAGUUGCAGGACAACAAAACCUUCCUAGCAAUGAUAAACCAUGUUUUGAAUGUGGAUGGAUUUUACUUUUCUACUACGUACGAUCUGACACAUACUCUGCAGCGGUUGUCAAACACCAGCCCAGAAUUUCAGGAGAUGAGUCUUUUGGAAAGGGCAGAUCAGCGAUUUGUAUGGAAUGGUCAUCUUCUUAGAGAAUUUGCUGCUCAGCCAGAGAUUCAUCGAUUUGCUAUGCCAGUGGUACAUGGAUUUAUUACUAUGCAUUCCUGCUCCAUUAAUGGAAAAUAUUUUGAUUGGAUUCUCCUCUCAAGAAGGAGCUGUUUCCGAGCUGGUGUCCGCUAUUUUGUAAGAGGUAUUGAUUCAGAGGGACAUGCAGCCAAUUUUGUAGAAACAGAACAGAUAGUGCACUACAAUGGGAGCAAAGCCUCAUUUGUCCAGACUCGAGGAUCAAUGCCAUUUUUCUGGUCCCAAAGACCAAACCUCAAGUACAAACCCAAGCCACAGAUCAACAAAGUAGUAAAUCAUAUGGAUGGUUUCCAGAGGCAUUUUGACUCCCAAAUAAUUAGUUAUGGAAAGCAAAUGAUUCUUAAUCUGGUUAACCAGAAGGGCUCAGAGAAACCACUUGAACAAACAUUUUCAAGAAUGGUAGCCACCUUGGGAAAUGGAAUGAUUAGAUACGUUGCAUUUGAUUUCCACAAGGAAUGCAGCAAGAUGAGAUGGGAUCGACUACAGAUUUUGUUGGAUCAGGUGGCCGAACAGCAAGAUGAAUUUAGUUAUUUUUUAGUGGAUUCAAAUGGUAAAGUGGUGACGCAGCAGGAAGGAAUCUUCCGGAGCAACUGCAUGGACUGCCUAGAUCGGACCAACGUGAUUCAGAGCUUAUUGGCCCGCCGCUCUCUCCAGGCACAGCUCCAGCGACUAGGAGUUCUUCAUGUGGGGCAAAGGAUUGAAGAACAAGCUGAAUUUGAGAAAAUUUACAAAAAUGCGUGGGCUGACAAUGCAAAUGCUUGUGCCAAACAGUAUGCUGGAACUGGUGCCUUAAAGACGGAUUAUACGAGAACGGGGAAGAGGACUCAGUGGGGUCUCGUAAUGGAUGGCUGGAACUCCCUAGUCCGCUAUUACAAGAACAACUUUUCCGACGGUUUUAGACAAGAUUCCAUAGAUUUAUUCCUCGGAAACUACUCAGUGGAUGAAGUAGAGUCUCUCAGCCCCCUACAUAUUCAGAAAGAUUGGAAGUUCCUGGCUUUGCCCAUUAUCAUGGUGGUUGCCUUCUCAAUGUGCAUUAUCUGUUUGCUUAUGGCCGGUGACACUUGGACAGAGACAUUAGCCUAUGUGCUCUUCUGGGGAACGGCGAGCAUCGGAACAUUUUUAAUCAUCCUUUACAAUGGCAAGGAUUUUGUCGAUGCCCCAAAGCUGGUCCAGAAAGAAAAGAUAGACUGAAUUUGUACGUGUGGAAAGUGGCUUGGCUUGGAAGACUCCCCGAGGCAAACCUGGAGUCUCUACUGACCCGCUUUCCACACCAGCUGGUCGUCUUUUUAGCUUUCUUCUCUAGAAAAAUCAAAUCCUCUUAACUUUAUUCAGCGGUUGUGUCUUGCAGUUGAGACCUGGUUUGGCAGCCUUAUUUAUACUGAUCUUUAAAAGCACUGCAUCAGCUGGGGAGCUUGCACUUCAAAUAAGAACAGUCCAGGCCCAAGCUCAAGUGUCUGUAUUGAUUACGGAAGGAGUUCCUGGUGAAAAAGCCUGCGGGGACCACACAUUCGGUCACUCAGUUUCAGCCCUGCUAGGUGGAAUCGAUUUGUUUUAAUGGGAAAGCUCUCUGACUUUAUUCUCUCUCAAUUUACCCAACUAAUGCAGUGUUUGUUAUGUCAACGGAACUGAACUUCCUGUCAUGAUUUGAAAUAGCAAAGCUAUUUUUCUGGCUGGGCUUCAUUAUUGUCAUCUCGGAAGCAUCACUGUUUAGCAAGCAUCUUUUGGCAAACUUUUUGUGGCCUUCUGUCCAGUUGAGAGUGCUGUUAAUGCCUCCAUCGAUGAGGAUGGAAAUCCUAAGUCUUCAUCUAUUGGGCCCGCUACCUUAUUUUAUGAAUUCAUUGGAGGGAGGAAAGGAGGAGACGUAUUGGUGGAUGUUUCUGAAGUUUCACUUGUGCUGCUUCCUCCUUGCGCUCUUUGGGCGACCCUUUUUUACAGCAGUUAGACCAGCGCUUUUUGUUGUUGUUGGUUUUUUUUAAAGGUUUAAAUGAAAUCAAAGAAUGUAGAAUCUGUUUCUUUUUGGCAUCCCUCUCUUUUGCUAAAGGUCCAGACAAAGGCCUACUGUAUUUUAAGACUGGUCACCAGGGAGAAAUUUGCAGUCGAUGUUGGGCUGAGUUGCAUCCUGCACCUUCUUCCUGGGGGAUCUCCUGGGAUCAUAAGCGUGGGAGGAACAAUUAUGAAAUUCCAUAUUUGCACUUGGGGGAAGUCACACGUUCCAAUUCCGUGCCUGGUGUGGUGGUUCACACUGUUUAGAAGAAAACUCUGCUGCACAAGUCAUUUCUGCUGGCCAUUCAUAAAUAUGUCUCUAAUUUAGUUGCUUCCAAGCUGGGAUAGUUCUCCUAAUCAAGGACCAACUUUCAGCCGUUCUGAUUUGCGUAAAAACCAAUGUCAAGUCUGUUUUAGAAGCUGUGCCUAGUUUUACUAGUUCUUGUAAGUACAGCUGUAUAUUCAGAGUGCAAAUUAUAGAGGUCAAAUAUUAGGAAAAAUGUUGGACAUUAGUACAGCCUAUCACCGUUAAAAAUAAAAUUCCUUGAAACGCUGCUACGAUAUUUCAUUGUUGUGCUGGAAAACACAUAUCGCUCUCCUUCCUCCUUACCCUCAGCAGAGAUGGUUCUUUGUAACCAUGGACGUUUGGGAGAGCCUUUUUGUUUCCACAUUGUCUUGGUAAGCACUAAAAAACAAGGAGGCACUGCCACUUGCUGUUUGCUGUUUCCCUUUUAGGAAAGGGAAUGCAAUAACAGUUGACAGAUCCCCGCUGCUUAAUGAAAAUGAAUCAUCAAAGCUCAUGAUGGGUAAGAAAUAGUAGAACUACAUAUUCUGGAUGUGUAAAUAAAUGUCAUUUGCUUGGAAAAUUGAUGGAGUUUUGAAACCUAGCUCAUUCCACUCUAGUUCAUAAUCUAAAUGCUUUUGUGCAUUUCUCAGUGAGAGCUUGUUUAAUUCAGUUGCAAGAACUGAAUUAAGUAGAUGCUAGAAUAGGUAUAUUUCAAAAAUCUCCAUAAUGGCUUUAUUUCUAAAUUCACGUACUGUAUGCCCAUAAAUGACAAUAAACUUCAAUCUCUUUUCUAACUA